AUGAGCAUCCUCGAAAAGUUCCUCCUUUUCUUGUCCAUUUUGCCCGUCGCCUGUUCUUCUCACGAAGAAACGAGUUUCAACCCCAUCGUAGUCCAAGUGCCCGAGAUGAACGGCGCCGGGUUGGGAAAUGGGGCCCUAAAAGAAACCCAUUUGGAGUGUACGAGCUGGAGGGUCGCCGUGGAGGCUAAUAACCUGAGCCCAUGGAAGACGAUUCCGGUGGAAUGCGGCGAGUACGUGAAGGAUUAUAUGACUGGUAAAGGUUAUGAAAUCGAUCUGCAAAGGGUGUCGAACGAGGCUGCAAAUUAUGCGAGGAGUGUUGAUUUGAGUGGUGAUGGGAAAGAUGCUUGGGUUUUUGAUGUGGAUGAGACUUUGAUUUCUAAUCUACCUUAUUAUCAACAACAUGGAUAUGGCCUGGAGAUUUUUGAUAGUACAAAAUUUGAUGAAUGGGUGGAGACGGGCAUGGCACCCGCCAUAGAGCCUAGUCUGAAGCUUUACGAAGAGGUUUUAAACUUGGGAUUUAAGGUGAUCUUAUUGACUGGUAGAAGUGAAAGGCACCGAGGUAUUACUGUCGAGAAUUUGUCAAGAGCUGGAAUUCGUGAAUGGGAUAAGCUCAUAUUAAGGUCCUCAGAAGAUCACGCGAAGACCGCAACCAAGUACAAGUCAGACAAGAGGGAUGAGCUCGUUGGGGAGGGUUAUCGAAUCUUGGGAAACUCCGGGGACCAAUGGAGUGAUUUAUUGGGUUCGUCAAUGUCAGCCCGCUCAUUCAAGCUUUCGAACCCCAUGUAUCACAUUCUUUAG